AGUUAACUAUAGUGUCGCAAGCGGAGGCAGCAGCUCCAAUGACAGAUACAGCAUUGGUCGUGGCAGUGCCUUCAAUGGAUCUUUCAACGGCAAUGGAUCCUUCAACGGCAAUGGAGCCUUCAACGGCAAUGGAGCCUUCAACGGCAACGGUGCAAUGGCUGCCGCCAAUGAACAGGCUCUGUUUGAGGAAGCGGCAAGAUAUCAUAGAAGUGCUUCAAUUAGGCAGAUCGAUUGCCCAUGUUAUGAUGGUGACUUCCCAAUCCGCGAGUACAACAAUCCGACCUAUUCUGUCAAGGUGUUUUUGGGCGGCGUGCCUUGGGACAUCACCGAAGAGAAUCUGAUUGAGGACCUGAGCCCGUUUGGGCGUGUGAGUGUGCAGUGGCCUAGCAGUCAGACUGGCAGGGGAGCCUCGCUGCAAGAUCAGAGCCAGGCGCUGAGCUUGGUGGCUGACAGGAAGGAUGGUCACAAGAAAGGAUACGUCUAUGUGAUUUUUGAAGCUGAUGCGCAG